UACCAAAGACUUUUUUCAUGAGUUUGUGGAAGCACUUCCGUGCAGUUUCUCUCUGUCUCUUCCUGCUGAUCUUUCCAGCGUACAUGGCUUAUAUGAUCUGCCAGUUCUUCCACAUGGACUUCUGGCUUCUCAUCAUCAUCUCCUCCUCAAUCCUCACCUCUCUCCAGGUUGCGGUGUGCGUGGUGUGCUAUGGUGUAUCAGAGACUGUAUUUGGCGAGUGGAGUGUGAUGGGAAGCACCAUCAUCUUGGUCCACUCGUACUAUAACGUCUGGCUCAGAGCCCAGCUGGGCUGGCAGAGCUUCCUGCUCAGGAGAGAUGCUGUACACAAGAUAAAAAGCCCCUACAGCUAG